AUGGCCUUGCUCCCUGAACUGCACAGAGACCAACAGGCUGUCAAGAGGGAGGUGUGCUGCUGGAGGUGCCAUAUCCUGUCCCCUUCAAACAGCUUCAAGAGUGUCUGGUGGAUGGUGCUGCUUGUAGGAAUCAGCUGGGCAGCAGAAAGCAUGAGCUGUCCAAAGGAAUGCACUUGCCAGUACCUGACGGUGAACUGCACAGGGAAGCAGCUGGAAGAGCUCCCAGCAGCAAUCCCACUGGACACCAGGCAGCUGAUCCUGGCUCAAAACAAACUCAGCUAUUUGCCUUCAGUGGAGCUCAACUUCCUCAGUGAUUUGAUCUAUUUAGACUGCAGCGGCAAUGCUCUCGGUGAGAACCUGGAUUUCACUUUUGUCAGCAUCAUCAAGCUUGUCUACCUGGACCUCAGCUUCAACAACCUCACACAAGUGACAUUUGGCACCUUCUCACAGCUCAGUAGCCUGGUGGUGCUAAAGCUCUCAGACAACCCAGGUCUGGUGGAGAUCGAGAAGGACUCCUUUGCCAACAACACCUGGCUGAGGCACCUAGACGUGAGUCGCUGCAGCCUGACGUUCCUUGACACAAGCACUGUCAGGGACCUGCCAAACCUGAGGAGCCUGAGCUUAAGUGGGAACCCUUGGUUCUGCAACUGCUCCUUUAUGGAACUGACUGGCUGGAUGAAAGGAAGUGGGGUGACUGUCUCAGACCCUGACAAUGUCACCUGCUACAGCCCAGCUUUUGUGCAUGGCAUGAGAAUGCUGGAAGAGGCACAGGAACAACUCCAUUACAAGUGCUACAUCCAUUUUGAUGACCAAGACUAUCUCUUCCUGGGGCUGGUUGGCUUUUGUAUAUUCUCUGCCGGUACAGUGCUGGCCUGGCUCUUAGGAGUGUGCGCAGUGAUAUAUGAAUUCUUAACUGCCACAGAAGAGGAUGAAGAGGAUGAUGAAGAGGAAGGAGCCCACUAG